AUGACGUCGGACGACCCCAAGGUGGUGGCCUAUGAGGUCGAGUCACUUCGAAAACUCGCAUUCUUCGGAAUUGCGAUCUCAACAGUGGCAACUCUGACGGCCAUCAUCGCCGUGCCCAUGCUGUACAACUACAUGCAACAUGUGCAGUCGUCCCUUCAAACCGAGGUUGACUUCUGCCGACACCGCACCGAUGGCCUUUGGGAUGAGUAUGGCCGAAUGACGUCGGACGACCCCAAGGUGGUGGCCUAUGAGGUCGAGUCACUCCGAAAACUCGCAUUCUUCGGAAUUGCGAUCUCAACAGUGGCAACUCUGACGGCCAUCAUCGCCGUGCCCAUGCUGUACAACUACAUGCAACAUGUGCAGUCGUCCCUUCAAACCGAGGUUGACUUCUGCCGACACCGCACCGAUGGCCUUUGGGAUGAGUAUGGCCGAGUAAGUUCCAGCAAAUUUACUCUUAAUCUUCGAAGCCAAAAACUUGGAAAGAGUUUUAAGUCCUUCCUUUUCGCAUUUCAAACAACUAAGAUCAACAAACAGCUAACUCCCAUGUUCCCACGUUCCGAAUAUCUCAAUGAUGUUUCCGGUUUUCGUAUGAGGUUCGAGCAUCUGAAGGGAGUGAACGGACGUAUCAAGCGAGCAGUUGUUCACCGUGGAAACGGCGUUACUGGACGCGCCACACACCGCCGAGCUGUCGCUCAUGGCGCUUCCAGCUAUGAUGGCGGCUACGGCGCCAGCGGCUACGAGGCCGGA